UCAUAUCUAAACCAGAAUGUCAACUUCUUAUUGUGGAAAAAUGAAAUGAUGAAAAUGAAGAACAUCAUGUGAUACUGCAGAAAUCUCCGAAUAUCAUUUGCCAAAUGAUGAGAGUGAUAGGCACUCCUGGAAUUGUGGUGGGGCUAUGAGCUUAAAUCUCCCUUUAUCUCCUUGUGGUUCCAAUCUUUCUUCAAAUUUCUUUAUAUAGUGAUCCCUUCCAUACUAGAACUCAAAAACUGAACACUGCAACGUGCUAGCAGAUCACAGACAUGGCGAAGGCCAUUCUUCUUAUUCUCAAAGUAUUGAUGAUUCUAAUAUUCACUGGUUGGAUUUCCCUUUGGCUUCUAAAGCCGACAGAACUGUGGACAAGGAAAUGGAAAGGAGCUGAAGAGAGCGCUAGGACUACUCUGUUUGGAUAUUAUGGUCUUGACUUUGCUGUGUAUACAUUUCCUGUAAUUACCCUGGCUAUGAUCGGACUUGUUUACUUGGAUUUGAAGACCAGGGAACCAAGAAGCAGACAAGCAAGGAGUUCACCUUCAGCCUUCUCAAAUCCACUGGUUGUGAACAGUUUCAUUGGUGUUUUAUCUGGUGUUGAAAUUCUGGCAGUGCUUCUAUUUAUCCUCGUUUUAGCAUGGACUUUCUAUGCCCACAUCUCUCAUGAUUUCAAGAAGUUGAUGCCAGUUAAAUCACUGAAGCUGCAAUUAUGGCAACUCAAGUACUUAAGAAUCGCAACCCGGUUCGGUUUGCUAGCAGAAGUCUGCCUGGCUUUGCUGCUUCUGCCUAUUCUAAGGGGGCUUGCCAUAUUUCGCUUAGUUGGCAUCCAGUUUGAAGCUUCAGUAAAAUACCAUACCUGGGUUGGGACAGCAAUGCUUACUUUUGCCACUUUACAUGGUGCAAGCACCCUCUUCAUCUGGGGUGUCAGCCACCACAUCCAGGAUGAGAUAUGGAAAUGGCAGAAAACAGGCAGGAUAUACCUUGCUGGGGAGAUUGCUUUCGUGGCAGGGCUAGUAAUCUGGAUUACAUCGCUUCCUCAGAUAAGGAGGAAAAAGUUUGAACUCUUCUAUUACACUCACCAUCUGUACAUAGUCUUCCUAGUAUUUUUCAUGUUUCAUGCUGGAGAUAGGCACUUCUAUAUGGUUUUCCCUGGGAUUUUUCUCUUUGGCAUUGACAAGAUACUCCGAAUCAUACAAUCAAGACCAGAAACUUGCAUUCUUUCAGCACGAAUCUUCCCUUCCAAGGCUAUAGAACUUAUUCUGCCUAAGGAUCCAAGUUUGAAGUAUAACCCGACAAGUGUGGUAUUCAUGAAGAUACAAAGCAUAUCCAGAACUCAAUGGCACCCCUUCAGUAUAACCUCCAGCUCUAGUGUUGACGAUGACUCGCUGUCUGUUAUGGUUAAAUGUGAAGGACGGUGGACAAGUUCUCUCUUUGAGUUGAUACAAGCUGAAGUAGACUCGGAUGCUGAUCAGACAAACUGCAUACCAGUAGCAAUUGAAGGCCCUUAUGGACCUGCCUCAAUGGACUUCCUAAGAUAUGACAGUCUACUUCUGGUAGCGGGUGGAAUCGGGAUAACUCCAUUUCUGAGCAUUUUGCUGGAAAUUGCUUCAGCACAAAACAGCAGCAAAUAUAGACUCCCCACAAGAAUGCAACUUAUAUUUGUUGUUAAGAAGUCUCAGGACAUAUGUCUGCUGAAUUCAAUCUCGUCUCUGCUCCAGAACCAGUCAAGUGAAGGGUUGCAUCUAAAACUGAAAAUUUUUGUGACCCAAGAAGUGCAAGCUAAUCCAACAGCAAGACAACUUCUAAGUGACUCAUCUGAUCAACUUCAAACAGUACACUUCAGCACAAAAUGUUCGAAUCAUGCGAUAUAUGGACUCGAAAGUUUCCUUUGUAUUGCUGCCUUGGCUGGAUUCUCCUGCAUCGUGUUUCUUGUUUUUCUUAUUUGUUUCAAUCAUAUCUUUGUUCCCUCCCAAAAGAAGACCUCUAAAGUCUCCAAAGAAAAGACUCCAUCUUCGGUGGUUGAUCUACUUCUCUUAUCUUCUUUUCUCAUAGCUUUAACAUGCAGCAGUUUAGUGGCAAUAGUUUUGAGAAGGAGAAGGCUGAAGAAUGAGAUUCCUGCACCAGUCUCCCAAAAGCCAGGCAAAGCCAUGGACAGAGAAACAGGGAGUUCCCUGGAGGAACAUGAAAUUCAUUUUGGAGGAAGGCCCGACUUUCAUGAUAUAUUUGGCAACUUUCCAAAUGAAACGGGCGGAUCUGAUAUUGGAGUCUUGGUCUGUGGACCUGAAUCAAUGAAAGAGUCAGUAGCAUCCAUAUGCCACCAGAAAUCUCUGGGUUUCCAGAUGGGUGCUGAGAAAAAGAAGCCAUGCUUCAGUUUCCACUGCCUCAACUUCUCACUGUAGUACUUUCUACGCCAAUUACAACAUAUAUAUACUGCACAAGAUAGUGUCGUUUCCAAUUGUAAGCAGAACUUUACUAGGAAUAAUGGACGGAUUUGGCUUACAUGCCGUAAAACAAAAACUACAGCUAGCAGAUGUGCUGUAGUUUUUUCAACGGUCUAUCUAGAUUGCCUGCUUAUCUGAUUGUCAUUUAGGCUACCAAAUACUCGAAUUUCAGCGUGUACAUUUUUAAUCUAAUACUAUUUUCUACUUGGAAUGUCA